UACAGUUGAGAAGACAGGCUUUGAUCCCGAGUUUUGUGCUGUUGCGCAGUACUUUACCUAGAUAUCGUUGGCAACCCGAAGCUUUCGCUCGUAGCAACGACGACCGGGAACCGGAAAUACAUCGAACGUCGACAACGUCUGUGUAUAGUUGAGAUUCAACACGAUGACUUCGCCAUUGACAACGCAAUUGCAUGACACCUACGCUAUCCUAAUCCAGCAAUGGACAUCAACCUCCAUCUGGACGAAAGCAGCAUCAAUACUCGCCUUCCCGCUUGGCUACUACUUCUACCUCGACAUAAAGUCGCGGUACCACUACUGGCUGUCACUAGGACCUGGGGGACUCCCCAACGACUUCCGUGGAUACAUGAUCCAAGGCUUCCUACACUACGUCAGCACGCUCGACACGAAAAGUGUGGAGUGCUACGACCGGCCUGAGCGGUACGUCAAGGGCUGGAAGCAGGCUUCCGAGUCCCGGCGAGCGGGCCUGAUGAAGUCUUACUUCAAGGAGCCCGUGCCUCGGCGGCGGGGACGGAAAGGGCGAGCGAUGGAUUUCGUGGCGCCGCAGAGGGAGUUCAAGGCUGGCGAGUGGAGGGCACCGCAUGUCGUGGAUGGCUAUAGGGCCGCCUGGGCGGACCUUUGCGAGCGGAACAGCGAGCAUAUCGAAGUCCGUGUGUCGGGGCUGGAACGGCGGGGGAACGCUUUGUUUUUGAAGUCUUCGUUGUCCGCACCGCUGGGCGCGACACGGAACGGCGAGAUCGCGCAUAUUCAUGAGAGCGAUUACUCCGCUCAUGUGAGUCUAUCGUUUGCGGAUGCCAAAGAGGUCAUUGCGAAUGGACAUGGCGAGAGACAUCGCUUGUCUGGCGUCGGUCCGCUGUCGUACGGCUAUAUCAUGCUGUAUGUGCCGCGGACGGCGGAUGAAGUCGAACUCAUGAAAAGAAUCAUGCAGGCCGGUGUGGACUUUAUGCGAAGUAGUCAGCCACAAGAAUGACUGCUUCGAUCCUUCAUCUUCAUCAUUACAACGUCGCUGUUGGAAAGUAAUACCG